AUGCAUCUAUACAAUGUCUUCACAUACCCCAUCGUCCGUGACGGUCUCAUUGCCAAUACGAUCCUGGUCGCCGUCGCUACCAUUCUGGUGAUAUUACGAUUCGUGUCGCGCCAUAUUCGAAAAAGCAACAUAUGGUGGGAUGAUGCAUUCUGCGUCGCUGCCAUGCUGCAUACAUACGGAAUGCUAGCAAUGCAAUAUCACUAUGCUCGACUUGGCAUGCGACACCAUAUUGCAAAGGUUCCACUGGAGAAUACAGUGCUCAUGUUCAAAAUGCUCAUCAUUUACCAACUUGUGUAUUACAACGCCAUGGUCCUUGCGAAAUUAUCCUACCUCUUUCUGUAUCUGCGCAUCUUUGUGAGCAAGGAGUUCCGCAUUCUCACGUGGGUAUGCAUGGGGUGUGCUGCUGCAUACUGGACUGGAAGUGUGCUUCAGGUCUUUCUCCUUUGCACGCCAUUUGAGAGAAACUGGAAUCCGGCGUUACCGGGUCAUUGUGCGAACCAGAAUGUCGCGUUCACGACAAUUGGGGUUUUCAACCUUCUUACGGAUGUGAUGAUUAUGGUCUUGCCCAUCCGGUUCAUCUGGAAGUUGCAGAUGUCCACCGCAACUAAGAUGGCAUUGUAUAGCAUAUUUGGGCUGGGUAUAUUUAUUUCCUCCAUCACAAUCAUCCGCAUUAAAGUGCUCACAGCAGUCGAUUUCACCGAUCUUCCAUACUCCAUGAUCUGGGCUGCCUUCUGGAGCGUCACUGAGCCUGCGCUUGCCAUUGCAAAUGUCUGCGCGCCGAUGCUCCGGCCGAUUCUUAAAGCCGCUUUUCCAUCUCUGUUUGCUACUGCCAAGGAUGAAUACACCACCCAGCUGGCGAGUGGUCCUAUUCUCAGCAAGAGUAAUACGUCGAAACAAAUCGAUGAGAUGGAUAGUGAGUUUCCGCUCACGCGGUUGGAGGAAUCAAGAUCAAGGGAUGAUGAUUCAUUGAAUUAUCAUUCGCAGGAUGAUCGCUCGCAUGUGCAUCAUACUCCGAGGAGUGUUGUUGGUCCUAAAGGGAAGGGGUCGUAUACUAGUUAG